AUGACAGCAGUAUUGCGUACAUACAAAUCAAAGUAUGCUAUCAUGAUUGCCAACGGAUUGAUUGAAAACAACUUUAUAUCCAACUUGCUCAUCAACAACCAACAACUCUGCAAGAUCCUUCUUGCCAAUAUCACAGUAUCUGGAUGGAAAUACGGAACCUAUUCAAACUGCUGUCAAUCAAUACUGUCAUUCAACACUGCAAGGCUGACAUUGACAAGUUGUUUGACAUCUCAUUAUCUCCAAAGAAAAACGGAAUCCAGACCAGAUUCGCUUGGAAUGUCAACAACAACUGACUGUUUGUUGCUACAUCAAGACUCGUCAGUACAGACCCACACAAUACAAUGUAAAAGUCAAAAGAUUACAUUAAAACAGACAUUAUGGACAGAUUCUACAAAGGAAAUGCAUCUUUUUACGAAUGGCAAACUUCAAAUUAUACCAAAAGAUUGGAUCAAUCCAGAGAUAUGGCCAAACAAUGUGCCCUUGGUUGAUCCUGCAAACAUCAUCUAUGACGGAUGUGACGAUCUUGCCAUUCGCGUUGUUCGACAAGGAUCGCUACUGCGCAAAGAAGGUGUGUUUAAACGAUCCUAUCGGCCCGUCAAUGCUGUCCUGUCCACUUCUGGAUAUCUGCAUACUCUGCCACCACUUGAAUCAACACCCAUAGGAGCUACGCAUUCUGACACUUCAUCUGCAGGCGGUCCAUUUUCUCCUACUGGCAACAAACCGGACUUUUCGGCUGAUUCCAUACUUGAAAUGCCUGAGCUGACGCUUGAUUUGGCAGAAUACACCUUGCUUCCACUUAAUCUUGGCGACAAAGAUCACAAAGACAUUGUUUUUGUUGGGAAAAACUCGGGUAUGUUUGGACGAGAUAUCAAACACAAAUUCAAGGGGAAAACCAUGGUUGAAAGUGCGGAUUGGUGGACUGCAAUCAAUGAACAUAUGAAACAGAUGGGAACACGGACUUUGGUUGGAACACCCACUACACAGCACUCAAAACCAGCUUUUGCUGGUACUGCUCCUUUACCAAAAGAAGGUGCAGAUGGAUCGACUGGACUUUCUCAACGCGCUGCUGCAUCUGUAGCUACUGCGAAUGCUCCGUCGACGUCUCUUCAAGCUCGAUUGGGAGCCGUUGUAAGUCAUAGCAAAUCCAAUACGAUUCAUGCUACUUCUGGUACACGACCAGUGAGUAUGCCUGCACCACCUCUACCUGGUCGACCCAAAAGUACUAUUGUACCUACAUUGAGACCCAAAUCUGGAUCGCUUAUUGACGAAUCAUUUGAUGAUUUGCCUAGUAGGAGAGAUUCGUUAUCACCUCCGAUUUCUUUUACAACUACUUCAAAUGAUCAAAUUCCUACACCUGCUCAUGUAGCUGAUUUUGCUUCAUUUCCACCUCCCGACACGAAUGACAAGACCGAGGUGGGCAAUGUAUCUGCUUUAUCAUUAAGUGAACAAAUAGAAAUGAAAUUAAGCCAUGCUACAAGUGGUGGUCAUUCUCAUGAUGAUCCUGUUGAACUGGACACGCCAUCACCCAAAGCAAAACUAGCUAGUCUAUCUACCGGAACUAGCAAUCCAUGGGACACAUUUCAAGACGAAUCGGGUGGUUGGUAA